UUCUGGAUUUUUUUUUUUUAUUUAAUAUGCAUUGUGUACCUGGCAUAUUAUCUAGAAUGAACUUUUUUCCCAUGACUUUGAUAGUUAUAGAUUCAACCUUUAGCCAAUUAAUUUAAACACUUUCAGUUAUGUGUAACUGCUUCUACCCUACGAAAGAGCUUUGUGUUUCUCAUCAAAUCUCACCAUGAUCUAUUUCAUCUUAUGUUGUUUUUUUUUCUUUGCUCUUCUGCAUACUUUAAAGACUGACUCUUCAAAAAGUCUUUCCCUGUGUAACCUGAUCAUGGAGGAAACUCCAGACAGUGGGUUGGCCGAAGAAAUUCAAAGAUCUCAGAUUGAUAUAGGUGCAUUUACGUGGGUCCCUGACGCUAGUACAGACAGUGUCAGCCAGGAAAUUCCCUCAGGCGGGUCUGGAGAAGACUCUGCAUGCCUCUCUGAAGCAGAGCAAGACGCGAGCUUACCCACCGGAAUGCUUCCUUCUGCUGACUGGCCCGUUGUGGCAGAACAGGGUGAGCGAGACCUGGGCCCAGCCCCUUCGGAUGGCAGUGAACAACUGUCCCCAAAGCCUGCGCCCGAGGCUGGAGUUGGCAUUGCCAUUUGUAUGGAGAUGGGGCAGCCAUAUGACUUGUUUGACUCAGAGAUGCCAGCCAUGGAAACUGCUGGCCUUUUCAGAGAAAGUCUUGAAGAUGUUAAAAAGUCAGAUGAAGAGGAAGAGAAACAGAAGACAGAAGAUUCUGUGGGGGCAGGUGUGGAGACAUGUCAAAAGGUAGACACUGGAGCUAUUGAUGUCAAGGCACUAGGAGGGACAGAGGAGCUUGAAGAGAAAGCACAUGAAAGUACAGGAAACAUGGUGGUAGAUCUUCUUAAUACAGUAGGAAAGCCAGACCAGGAUACCUUACACAUUAAUGAAGUGGAAACUAGGAAAGGUCUUAAAGCAAGCUAUAAGGAAAAUGUAAAAACCAGUGAAAAUUAUUUUGAGAAAACUAACUUUUUAGAAAAAGCCAUGGAAAGAGUAGAUGAGGCAGAUGAAUAUAGUGAGGGAGACCAUGGUCCACAAGAUGGGAUUCAAGUAGUAAUCAAGAACUGUGAAAUUAUAGAGGGCUCUGGAGCUAAACCUGCCAAUCACACAGAUACCUUGACUCCACCUCUUCAGAACGACUCUGUGUCUAGUCCUGAAGAUGCCAACCCUGAGAGAUGGGAAUUAGCUAGGAAAGAUAUAAAAGGAAAUUUAAUAGCCCCUCCCAACCAUGACACACUAUAUCACCCUGCAGGGCAAGGUGCAGACGCUGAAGAAAGUCAGUGUGAGACUGUAUUAAGUGCUCCCGGAGGUGACAGGGACAAACAUCAGGCUGUUGUUUUAUCUGUAAAACUUGAAGUAACAGCUCAGUCCAGGAUGAACUUUAAUCAUUCUCUGGGCUAUGAUGUAAACAGAAGGGAUUUGUGUUCAUGUAAGGCAGAAGAUGCGUCAAUAGAGGGGUCUGAAAGUACAGUGACUGGGGACGGUAGUCAUACCACUACCUUGCCAAGAAUUGCAAAGACAGACUCUUGGGGAACAAAUCCAGGUCAACUCCGGCAGCCAAGUUUGGAUUCAGCAGUGAAUGAUGUGAAUAUGGGAGGAUUCUCUGGUAUACCAGAUGGCCAAGCAAGUGGAUUUGCCAAUUGCCUGGAUUUUGUUAACCAUUGGCCUAUCAGAGAUAUGGGAGGCUUAGGUAAUUGCUUGGAGCAUUUAGAUAUAGUUGAGAGAGAGAAAGUCCUGGAGGUGGACUUACUAGCUGGUGUAGGCAGGGAACAGGCCAGUGCUAGCUGCUGGGAGCACAGCCGGGAGACAGCUAGACCGUUGGUUCUGGGAACCUCCUGGAACACUAGCACUGAGAGUUCUGCUAGUUCUCGAGACAAUGACAUCAACAACUCAGAUUUAUCUGAAGAUGAAAUUGCUAACCAGAGAUAUGGAUUGUUGUACCAAGAAAUAGAGGCUGACAAAGACGAGGUACUUACCCCAUUCUGUAGCUUAGACUAGCCAAAGACUUCUGUAGGUUCCGUUUUUCCUAAUGUCUCUCACCUACUUCAUUAUCCAUCAUUAUCUUCUCAGAGUCCUGACUGAUCUCCUUGACAAAUUGUCAUGUACCUCUUGAAAUCUGUGCAAACCAGACACAAAUAGGUUGACAAAAAGCACAACAAAACAAAACACUCAAAAAGCUGAAUGAUUGUGCCAGGAAUUAAUAAGAGUCUAUUUUACCAUCCCAUCUUCUGAGUUUAUUCUUCCUACUUUCAUUUUUACUGUUCAGGCACUAAAAAUGUUCUAAACUAAAAGCAGCAUAGACUAAUUUACUGUUCCUAAAUGGGUCCACUCCAAUAAGAGCGCAUGAAAUGUUUCUGCCCAGGCCCACUGAAACUGUAGACUCUCACAAUUGCUAUCCAUAAAAAUGAUAUAUUAUAGAAAAACUGAAAAAAGCUUCUUCCAGAUUCUAUCAGUGGCUCAAAACAAAGAGCCAGUUAACCCCUAAUGGCCUUUCUUUGGAAUUAUCUUCUCAUUAUUGAGAAAGUGGGUUUUGGUUAGUGCUGAGCUAUGCAUCAGCAAUGAUCUUUCUUUAAAAUUAAUCUUUUUUGUCAGCCUAUUUAAAAUAAUACAGCAUGGCCUUUUGCAUUUCCUGAGCCCUUUCACACACAGCAACCUUUUGUAUUAUUUUUAAAUUCGUGGUAGUCUUUACUUUCCAACUUGUCUAAUGGAUACUUCCUGAUCCUACAAAAGUGGUGAUGAAAUAAAUAACACACUAUGAUUUCCAUUUCU